AUGUCGCCCGUCCCGUCCCCCGCUCCUCAGCCUCCUCCCUCCAUAUCUCUCCCCGUGAGGCACAAACAAAAGUCUGCCCCCGUCGGUAUCGCCGCCGGCGCUGAGGACGCCAAGUAUCAUGUAAAGUACAAGGAGCUCAAGCGCAAAGUCAAAGACAUCGAGGCCGACAACGACAAGCUGCAUUUCAAGGUUCUCCAGGCCAAACUGAGCAUUCGCAGAAUGAAAAUGGAACGAGCUGUGCUAUAUGAGCGUCUAUCUGUGAUUCCUCCUUCUCCGACUAUACAGGAUCGCCAUCCUUUGCCUCCUGCUCAUCCGGUGGCUGGCGGUCCAGCUCAUCAGCUUUCUUCUCGUCCCCCUCCAGGCAGGGAUCAUCAUCGUGAAAUACGUGACCAUCUGUCUUCUAUGGAUCCCGAUCAAUCCCAUCUUCCUCAGGAGCAUAUUCGCUCUCAGCCAGCUCUGAGGUUGCCUCCAGAUGCCCGUUCUGCUCCCCCCAUGGACAAUUCUUCCGUGGCGCUUUCCCCACAUAUGUCCGUUCGUUCACCCAGGCGCAUGUCGUCGGCCCACGACAGUACCCGCCAUCACCUGCCUCCUAUGCCCCAGAUCCCCGCUGGUCACCUACAUCAGUAUGAAACUGCCAGAGGCCAUUCGCAGUCUAAUUCCCAUGCUAGUCCCUCUUUGCAUCAUACCCACCCCAGCUCGUCUCAUUCCAGAAACCGAUCUCAUUCUUCCUCUCAUUCUCGUUCCCAACAUGGCCCUCCCCAAACUUAUCGUGACGUGCCCGGCCAAUAUCAACACCACCCUGAAAGUUUACCUUCUGUCCACCAACCGAUGCACAGUCCUCCACCUUCUGAGCGAGAAAGGCCUAGGCGCGGGGACCCUCACGAGUUUGCAGACGAAUCUCAUCUCUAUGAUCGACACCAGCCACUUUUGUCGUCUGGCAGAAUUCACUCCCAUCAACGCCUAGGUCCUGGCACUUAUAUUACCAGAGACGAGUUCCAGGACAAACGCGGAGACUUGGAGCGCGAGCGCGAAUGGGAACGCGAGCACGAGCGCGAACAAGGACGAAAUCGCGAGUACACUCGCAGCCGCGAAAUAAGCUCAUAUCAGAUGCACUCCCCUCCCCAUUCGGUGCAGAGAUCCCGCUCCCAGAUAGAUAGAGGUGAUUAUGACCCCCACAUGCCGCCUCGCAGCCGAGAAGACCCAGCUUAUUAUCAUGACUCGCAUCUCUCUUCUGGCUACCCUCGUCUCGCUCGCUCAGACACGCCCGGUUCUGGUUCAGCUUCUGGUUCCGGUGCGGGCGUCGCCGAUGUCCCAUCUCGGCCAGAUUCACGAAGUCAGUAUUACGAGCGUGAUCGCGCCAGGAAUUACAGACUUCGCCCGGUUUCCCAGCCGAAUGAAGAUGUUGAUUUUCUCCACGAAGAUAGCCGAUCUCAGUCUGGCGCAGAUCGAGGCGCCGUGGGUGUGGGUGGUGGCGGUGGCACCUUUGCAAUUUCAGACCAGAGCCGUCCAUCCAUGGAUUCUAGGAAGCGCACUCGACACGACAUGGAGGUCGAAAGUGACAAUGACGUAGGAGAUGGGCCGUCGGGCAGUGGUUCUCUCUAUCCUUCUGGUAGGCCCCAGGAAGAUAGGGGCUCUUCUAAACGUUAUCACCGAGAACAUCCACGUCGGAGUGUUGACACUCACGAAGACAGCCGAAUGGCUGCUCCUUGA